GUUGAAUAGUCAUCUCGGCGAGGCCAUGAUUUCAUUCAGGUGUAGAGAAACGGCGUGGAGGCAUCACAAAACGCUUCUGCGAAACGAACCGCUAAGGGCAGCAUACUUAGCUUAACUUUCUCUGGAUUACAUUCUUCUCCAAUUAGGAUCUAUCCAACGAACCAUCAUCCCACGGACAAAUCUAAAGAGACACAGGUCAGUACGAUGGAGCAGGACGGCCCGCAGGAGAAGAGAUCAGAUCAGGGAGAGGAGAUGACAGAGGAGAGCUUCCUUAAAGAGCUCUACCUCUUUAUGAAACAGAGAGACACUCCGAUUGAGAGAAUACCUCAUCUAGGCUUCAAACAAAUCGAUAUGUUCCUAAUGUACAAGACAGUAAAGGAGCUAGGAGGCUACCAGCAGGUUACUGCACAGCAGUUAUGGAAAAAGGUUUACAACAUUCUUGGAGGAAACCCACGCAGCACUAGUGCAGCCACCUGCACUCGCAGACACUAUGAAAAGCUGCUUCUUCCCUACGAGUGUCACCAAAAUGGAUACAGGGGCGAUAUUGUCUUCAGGACCCCGCGAUCGCAGAAACGCUUUCACCCCAGCAGUUACAGUGACUUUGAGCAUGAAUACCCCAGGAAUAGUAAACAUGCAGAUUUCCGACACCUCUCCGCAUUCCCUCAGGCUUCUCAGAACAUGUUUACGGAGCAUCAGAGACAGAUGUUUAGCAUGCCUUUGAAUAUUGCCCCAUAUUUCCCACACGGUGGUACAACUCUAUCCAAUUACAUGGUUCUUCAAGAAUCUACAUUGCCUCAACUAAACCUCAGCCCUUCUCAAGACCUUCCCCAACCGCCUGCUUCGUAUUUGGGCACAUCCUCUUUGGAGGCUCAGAGCCGCAACCAGUCACUUAAUAAGCUACGCCACCUGGCUAAAGAGUACAAGUCAUCCUCUGGUUGGGAAGAACCGCUCAACCUCAGCCGGAAAGAAAACAGACUUGAGACACUGACUGACAUGCCGUCAUCUUUCAGUCCACCUUCAAAAAAGACCAAGUUCCUCAACGAAGUCUCACCACUUUACACUCCAAGAGGUUUGGGAGCCGAAGAAGGUGGAGAAAAGGGGGAUACAGCGGACAGAACAGCAGGACCUAGUCCGCCGACGGCUGACAUCAUUGAUCUCACUUCCUCUUCCACUGCCAAUCCAGUCCCACGGAGGGCAAGCCCUCCUUCAGUGAACCUCUUCAACCGUAGACUGACCUAUUCUGAAGCAUUUGCUAUGAAAGCACGGGAGCGAGAUCUGCAUGCAGACUGGUUAAAGGAAGAAUCUUCUGGUGCACCUAAAUUAGGGAUCUUGAACCGGAGCAAUCCUCUUGGACACCCACCCGUAGAUGCUAACGGUAAUAUGGAGAUUCAGAUUCCUCUAAAGCUUCUGCAGGAGCUGAUUAGGAGAGGACUGCUCUCCAACCCGGCAUUUACGGCAAACAGCCCUGUGUCUCAAGACCCAAACAAAGCCGAAGAACAACCCGAGCACAAGUUCCACAUGCGAUCCCGUCCAAAAACGCCCGAGUGCUCUGCCACAGCCGAGGAACCGACCAAUUUGAGUAUAAAAAGAAACCUUUCUGAAUCUAACCCUCAAGAAAAUGGUAUGAGGAAGCACAGACUCUUCGGUGGCAAUGGCAUUCCAGCAGAAACAAAGCUCCAGAUGAACACUUCUUUACAUGUAAACAAGUUCUCUCUGGGAAGCGAUGCCCCAGGAUCUUCUCAACCUACACAGGCACAGGUUCCUCUGAUUAAGAACCAAGACAGCAUGUUUCUCAGACUUCCCAGUUACAGUGAAGACACUCCUCUCUCUUUGACGACAAAGCCUGGAAGGAAGUCAGAGAAAGUGAUGGGAACAGCUAAUGGUGCAGCGAAGGAAAUCUCAACUUCCCCACCUUUGAUACAAGUGACGUCAGACCACCUCAAACUCCUUCUGGCAAACCUACCAUAUAGACUGGAAAGAGGGCAGACAUUUUGAGACUUUGGGCAGCUGACAAAUUCUUUCCCUCGGCCAAUGUUGCAGACUUGCCAAAUUAGCCCCUCGCGUUGCAUUACUGAAGGAUUUCUGAAAAAGAUGAACUGGAAGGAGAAAUGUUGAACAGAUAUGCAACUGUAGCAUGACAGCACUCUCAGUCAAGCAUAACAUGCUUUUGACUGAUUAAACUUUUGUAUAAAAUGUAUAGAAUUUUGAAAAGGGUCAGCUCAGGAAAAACAUUUGUUUGCAGUCUGUAAAUCGCAUUAAAUUGUGAGACUUUGAAUAAAACAAUGGUACAUUUUUUGUUAACUCAGUUUAUGAUGAAGCACUGAUACUUUGGCAGCAAAGCACAGACCUUUUUGUAUUUUUUUUAAUUAAAAUGUAAACGUGUAAAAUAUAUAAAUAAGCUUGAUUAUUUUUUGUUAUUUCAUUCUACAAUUCAUUUUUCAACGGCAAAUUAUUUCAUAGAAGCAAAGUCAAAAUGACUUUAAAACAUUUAGAUUAAGGAUUCUUUUUGACUCUAUAACAAAUAUAUAAAUGUAUAUAUUUUGUCAUUGUUUAUACUGAAUAUGAAUUCUUGGCAAACAUUAUCUCUGAAUUUCUAAGAAUAUAUGAGGUAUCACGUACACAUGUUGUUUUACUGGUUACACAGGAACCUAUGAAAUAUAAUGCUAAGAUCUACUCUCGAUACUUGCAUACAAGAUUUCAAGACGCUAAGAUGAAUUAUGAA